AUGUCUGGAGCAGAGCAACCCACGACCGGCGGCGGAGACGACGGCGUCGUGCUGUCUUUUGCGACUACCAACGGGUUCAUUGUCGCGGCUGCGAUGCUUCUCUUAAUCCUAUUCAUCUUCUCUUUCAUCCUCUGCCUCCGCGCCAAGCGCCGCUGGGGCGGCGACCCAGUCGCCGCCGCCGAAGAUCCCCUUCCGCAGACGUCCGGCCUCGACGCUGAAUCCAUGAAGGCGCUACCUUGGACAGUGCUCCGCCCCGACGACUUCGUUGGCGGCGCGGAUCACUGCGCCGUCUGCCUCAGCGAGUUCUCGCCGGGGCAGGGGGCGCGGGUGUUGCCCAACUGCCGCCACUCCUUCCACGUAGAGUGCAUUGACGGGUGGUUCGUCGCCCACACCACCUGUCCACUCUGCCGGACUCAGGCGGGACCCAAAUCUACUAUCAUGCCACCUGAAUCGCCGCCGGCGAACCCCUCCAUCCCGAGCGCACCGCAGGGAGCCGGUUCGAGCUCUUCCUUCCCGUCAUCGGAGAGAGCGGCGGAGGCGCUGACGUCGCUCCGAAGGAUGAUUCUGAGGUCCGAAAGCCGAUCCGUCGACGGCCCCAUUGACUGCGAUGUAGAGCAGGGAUGCGUUCUUCCCAAAUCGACGCCGACCAGUUAA